AUGAGGCCGCUUACUGAAGAAGAAACACAAACACUGUUUAAAAAGCUAGCAAAUUACACAGGAAACUCGUUAAAAAACCUUAUAGCACCCAUCGAUAAUGGGCCAAAUUCAGAUCGCUAUGUUUUCCGGCUGCAUGAAUCCCGUUGCUACUAUGUUCGACUUUCCCUAGCAAAUCUAGCCACUUCAGUUCCAAGAGAUAAUCUUCUCUCACUGGGAACCUGUUUAGGCAAGUUCACCAAGACGGGAAAGUUUCGUUUGCAUAUUACCGCCCUGCAAGUUCUCACCGAACAUGCACGAUACAAAAUAUGGAUUAAAUCCAACGGGGAAAUGCCGUUUCUAUACGGAGGUCAUAUCUUAAAGGCUCACGUAGGAAGAUGGUCAGAAGACUGCCCAGAACAUCAGGGUGUGGUUGUAUACAGCAUGAAUGAUACACCACUCGGUUUUGGGGUUACUGCGAGAGGGACACAGGAGGCAAGGCGACUUGAUCCAACAGCAAUCGUUUGUUUUCGCCAGGCAGACUGUGGAGAAUAUCUAAGGGAUGAAGACAAUCUAUUUGCUACGAAUUAA